UUUUGGAAGAAGCUGGGGGAAUUAGGAGUUCUCGGAAUAACUGCUCCAGCUGAAUACGGUGGAUCUGCAAUGGGUUAUCUGGACCAUAUACUGGUGAUGGAAGAAAUUUCUCGAGUUUCAGCAGCUGUUGGAUUAAGUUAUGGUGCCCACUCUAAUCUCUGUGUUAAUCAGUUAGUGAGGAAUGGCAAUGAAGCACAGAAACAGAAAUACCUGCCUAAGCUAAUCAAUGGAGAACAUAUAGGAGCACUGGCAAUGAGUGAAGCCAAUGCUGGUUCUGAUGUUGUCUCCAUGAAACUGAGAGCAGACAGAAAAGGGGAUUGUUUUGUUUUGAAUGGGAACAAGUUUUGGAUUACUAAUGGUCCAGAUGCUGAUGUGCUCAUUGUUUAUGCUAAAACUGAUCCAAGUGUUGUUCCAGCUUCUCAGGGUAUAACAGCAUUCAUUGUGGAAAAGGGCAUGCCUGGUUUCAGUACUGCUCAAAAACUUGAUAAACUGGGGAUGAGAGGUUCAAAUACCUGUGAAUUAAUCUUUGAGGACUGCAAGAUUCCUGCUGAGAAUGUCUUGGGACAACUGAGUAAAGGUGUCUAUGUGUUGAUGAGUGGCUUAGAUCUGGAGAGACUUAUAUUGUCUGGUGGACCUCUGGGGAUCAUGCAGGCUGUACUAGACAAUGUCGUUCCAUAUUUGCACGUGAGAGAAGCUUUUGGACAGAAAAUUGGCCAUUUCCAGCUCAUGCAGGGUAAAAUGGCUGACAUCUACACAAGACUGAUGGCAUGCCGGCAGUAUGUGUACAAUGUGGCAAGGGCUUGUGAUCGAGGACAUUUCAAUGCAAAGGAUUGUGCUGGAGUAAUUCUCUACUCUGCAGAAUGUGCUACUCAAGUUGCUUUGGAUGGAAUCCAGUGUCUGGGUGGAAAUGGCUAUAUCAAUGACUACCCUAUGGGUCGCUUUCUGCGUGAUGCCAAAUUGUAUGAAAUUGGGGCAGGAACCAGUGAAGUACGGAGAAUAAUUAUUGGACGGGCAUUUAAUGCUGCCUUUAAGUAACACUUGCCAUUAAAGAAGAAUCAUACUUUAACCACAGAGGCCUUUGAUUUCCAAGACUGUAAAGUGUACAUGUAUUUUUCUGCACUUGAUAUCAAGAUGAUCACGCCUCUGUUUGGUUUUUGAGCUUUUGUUCUUGGUAUGAAUGCUACUAGAUUUGUUCAAGAACAUGUGAUUGUGUUACAGUGGAACAGAAAAGGCCAUUCAGAUGAAAUGCGUGCAUAUUGGUCCAGUCUAAUUCUAGAGAAUUGAAAUUUUGUCCACUCUUCAAAAAAAUAAUUUGUCUUCAGAAUCAUUGUGGAUUCCCAUUUCCAGCGUACUAUUUGUAAUGGACUGGAUUCUCAGUAUGACAUACUUUUGUGCCACAUCUCCAAAAUGCUAGCUGACUUCAUAGGAAUCUUUCUUCAUUAUUGGAUAUGAUGGGAUCUUAGCUACACAAGCGAUGUUAAUGCUGCUAAAAGAUUAGUCAAAAGUAUCAUAUUUCUGUGCAUUCCUGUUCUCUCCUGCUGCUUACAGAGGUGUAUUAGUGCCAUGUGAAGCCUUCAUUCAAUUGAUGGACUGCCACCUUGUGCUUGAUUCAUGUGUUGGUGUCACCAUCUAUCAUUCUGGAAGCAGUUAAAAUGUCAAAAUGCUACUCUGUGCCAGCCAAGAGUCAAAUCGGGGAGGAGGAAGUGGCAACUUGAUUGGGGAAUAGAGGAUCUUUUUAUAAAGCUUUCCAUUACCGAAUAUAGAGGCAAGUCCACCACGCCUUACUUAGCAAGAAGAAAAUAGAGCACAGUAGGUGAAGAGAACUUCAAACUACCUUAUACCAUCACGUGAAGAUUGAGGAUGUUGAUUUAUUUGUAUGCUAUUAACAGCACUUAUUUGUAUGAUUUAUUUGUAUGUGAAGUAUUAUAAAAAUGUUUAAAUUCA